AUGACAGCAGUCGAAGAGCUAACAAAGUAAGUUGAAAAUGACAACAAAAAGUUAGCUGAACUUAGAAGUUUAAUCAAAUUUUAGGUUAGUAAUCGUACUAAAAUAGGCGUGAAAAAACUGGGCAUGAUUCGAACUAAACAAAUUUUUUAAAAAGUCAUUGAGAUGACUACUCUCAAUGGUGAUAACAAAAACUGUAACACUUAACAAAACGUAAAACUAUGCUUUCCAUUUUAGGCUGCUGACAGUGCCCCAGACCUUGAUUGACGAUGAGCUGAAGCGAUUGGAGAACCGAGUAUGGAUACCCGAUCCGGAUCAUUCCUACCGACUGGCGGUUGUGGUCGAAGAUACAGGCCGAGAAUUGACAGUCAAGUACAGAGAUCCCCAAGGCUUCAAUAAACAGGUAAAAUACGAUUUUUUUCACGCGCCCCAAUCGUGACGUUGUUUGCUUCACACACCCCUAUAUUGUUAUUUUUUGAAGUCAAUAUGAUUUUAUUGCACUUGCCGCCUUUCAUUAUAUUACUACACUAAAACGUGUAAAAGUACUACCAAUUAACCUGCGAAACCGCCAAAGUCAGAACGUCACAAUUUGUUGUUUUUUAUCCACAAAACGGUGCAGAUCAGCUCGAUUGGCAGUUGUUCUAUUCGUUUGCACCCUCCGGACAAUUAAUUUCCUGCCAUUUUUUGAAAACAAAAGAUUGUGCCUGAGGGAAUGACCGACUUGAACGGGCAUUCUUUAUUGUUUUAAUUCAUAAAAAAGAACAAAGCCACAACUGCCACGCUCAGAACAACGAAGCAAUACGAAAGUGCCUGAUUAAUGGAUAUAGUAUUCUAGUGCAUGCUUAUCUGUUUUGACAUGAAGAUCAAGCAACGUAUAAACGAAAAUAUACAACUUUAUAUAAAAAUAAGAAAGAUACUUAUAGCUUGUCUAAAAAUAGCGCUUUUAUUUUUUCAAAAAUCUUAUACCUCCUACAUCAACAUGUAUAUCAACAUAAUAAAGCUAAAGCCACAAAUUUCAGAAGAAAAUUGAAAAAUGUACAGUACAUCGCACAAGCGUAAGUCAUUACUGUGCCGAUAUGUGCACUUUGACCGAACUCAACGAAGCCUGUGCAUUACACACGAUACGAUCAAGAUACGAACAGCAAAUCAUUCAUGUAAGUUUAAAUUUGAAAGUAACGUCAAUUUCAAAACAUUCUUGAUGAAAUGUGAUAACAAACGAAGUAAUCUACAAUCACUCAAAUUUCCAAGUUUCUAACCAUCUGCUACAGGUUAAUAUUACGAAAAAAUAAAAAAAAAUGUUAUGAUAACACACAGAUCCAUCCGUAUUUUACAACAAAAUCAAUAUUCAUAUACUUUAGACUUACUCCGGGUUGUUUUGUGUCGUUCUCAAUCCAUGGAAACGUGUGCCACUAUAUACGACCGAGAUGAUGGAGUUGUACAUGAACUCCAAGCUCAACACCACCAACCUUCCUCCUCAUGUUUAUGCAGUUGCUCAGAACGCGUAUGAAGGCCUCAAAUUGGCUUCGAAAAGUGAUCAAAGCAUUCUAAUCACGUAGGUUUUGUCAGAAAAUAUAGUGGACAAAAUUUUGUUUUAUUUUUUCUUAUUUUUGGUUCAGAAAUUGUGUCAUUACGACCGCUUUUUUGGACAUCAAAAUUUUGUUUUUGGAAUUUUUUCGGGUUUUUGAUGGUAGAUUAAAUUGUUUUUAUGGUUAAAGUUAAAGUAAAAGUAAAAAAUUAUACUAAUUUAUUUUAUUCUAACAUUUUUAAAGGUUUUAGUAAAAAAAACUACCAGAUUUACCUUAUUUUAGAGGAGAAAGCGGAGCAGGAAAGACAGAAAACACCAAGAAGAUAAUCGAAUACCUGAUCAAAGCUGCCAAUCAAAAUGAGCUGCCGAGCACUUCACAAGAAGCUACUGGAGUUCAAGAAGCUAUUCUCAGUGCUGGAAUUGCUUUAGAAGCCUUUUCGAAUGCAAGGACAAUUCAUAAUUCGAACAGUUCGAGGUUGGGGAAGUUUAUAAAGCUGGAUUUUGAUAUCAAAAGCAAACUCACCAGUGCUAACAUCGAAUGCUGUAAGUUUGAACGGCUUUGUAGUACUUUAUAUUAGAAAAACAAAAUAUAAAAUGAAUUGAGAAGGUGGAACCUAAAAUCAAGGUUUUACUCUUUAGAUCUUCUUGAAAAGUCUCGCGUAGUAUCGCAAAAUGAAGGGGACAGAAACUUCCACAUAUUCUAUGAAAUCUUCGCCAAUAAUACCUUUGAAUCCGUCAGAAAUAAGCUUGGUCUAAAGAAGAAGUUCAAUGAUUACAAGUAUCUAAAUCAAGGUGGAUCGUCAGCGUAUUCUGGGAUGAACGAUCUGGAGAAUUCAGAAGCGACAAUAGAUGCGUUAAAGCGAAUUGGGUUCAGUGACAAGGAGAUCUUGGAAGUCGUUGAAGCGAUUAUUUCGAUUAUCUUACUUGGAGAAAUGAGGUUUGGGGAAAGAAGUGGAAUGGAUGUCAGUUAUCCUGAAAGAAUGGACGGUGAGUUUACACUGUUGUUUGUCAGAAUUGAAACUUAUUUAUAGUCUGUUUUAAGAGUGCAUUGCAAUUUGAUUUAACCGUUUUUCUUUGGUGUCUAAAACGCUAAAAAAGGUCUGACCUCAAAGAAAUUUGAAUUUUUUUUUGGUUUUUUUAACUUUUAACUUAUGAUAAUAUAUUAUGUAAUGUAGCCAUUAUCCCUAUCUUCAGAAAUUGAAGUCGCAUCUUCCGCUCUUCAAGUACGAUCUUCCAAACUCGUCGACGCUGUAACCGAACCUUCAUUCAAAGUCGGGGAACGUCUGAUUCGUCGUUCUCAAAAUCUGAAGAAGACAUUGUUAUCAGUAGCAGCAAUGGCCAAAGCCAUUUAUCAGAAGCUAUUCGAAUAUAUUCUUCAGAAAUGUAACGAAACGAUUGUCCAAAAGAGCCGACAUAAAGAUACGAAGGACGAUGGUAACUUUAUUGGUGUGUUGGAUAUGGCAGGAUUCGAGAUUAUGUCAACAAAUAGCUUUGAACAACUUUGCAUCAACUUUACCAAUGAAAAGUUGCAACAGUUCUUCAAUCAUUUCAUGUUUGUAAAGGAGCAAAAUGAGUAUUUUAAUGAAGGGAUCGAAUGGGAUCAGAUGGACUUUGGCAAUGAUCUACAGUUGACCAUUGAGCUGAUUGAAAAGGUACGUUUUUACUCAAUUUCGAUAGUUUGGAUGACAUAGCCGGUCUAAUGAGAGAUAAAGUAAACUAACUUGCUAUCGGGCUUGAUUAUUUAGCGUGGUUGGUUUUAAUGGUGUUAUAUAACAAUAUAACACAUUAUGGGUAAAACUAUUAGUAUGUUCAGUUUUUUAAAAUUUAUAUUGUUAUAGCCGAUGGGACUGCUUAGUUUGUUACAAGAAGAGUGUAUUAUACCUAACAGCAGCGACCAAACUUUACUGGCUAAGUUGGUAGAGAACCUGGGAGCUGAAGAAGGGUUUAAUAAGGUCAAAAUGUCAUCGCGGUAAGUUAAUGUGUAUUUUUUGCUUGAUUUGGCUAUUUUUAAUACUUUCUUACUCAGUUUUACAUCUAUAAUUAACUUUUGAACUAUUAUCUAUAAUUUUAGUAACAAAUCCACGAAUCACUUCCUUCUAACACAUUAUACUGGCCAAGUGGCCUACAAUGUAGAUGGUUGGUUGGAGAAGAACCGGGAUCAGGUUGACACUUCCAUCCUCGAACUCUUGAGCACUUCUACUCAUAACUUGCUCAAAUUACUGUUUAAGAAAAACGAGUCAAAAGUUUCCAGAAGGGGAUCUUUGGCUCAAUCUACAGUAUCCUAUAUCUACAAAGAGCAGUUGGGAAGAUUGUUGAAUACAUUACACAAGACUCAGUCACACUUCAUCAGAUGUAUUGUACCAAACAGUACCAGGAGAGCAUUCGAAAUGGAUGCACCAUUGGUGCUGCAUCAAUUGAAGUGCAAUGGAGUUCUUGAAGGUAUGUUAUAGCAGAGUAAAUGGAAGGAAGACAUGGUUUUGCUGUUAAUGGAGAAUAAAAUUAGAUGUUAUGAUCUGCUUUUGAAGUUGUUUUAAGACAUUAUUUUUAGGCCUACGAAUUUGUCAACGUGGCUAUCCUUCAAGGAUCUUCUUUAACGAAUUUGUCGAUCGAUAUAUUGUGUUGUGUCCUAAUAUAGACCGAAGCGUCAGUUCGGUGAAACAAGUAGUACAAAUGGUAGAAGAACUGAAUCUGGAUUUAGAAAAGUUUCAAAUUGGUCGAACGAAAUUGUUUUGUAAAAGCGGAUUUUUGUCUGAUGUAAGUUAUGGUUAUGUUCUUCAUGGUUUGAUUUAUUGUUAUGAUUUGUAUAUUUGAUAUUUUGUUUACAUAAAAUUGAUUUUUCUGAUUUUGAUUAUUUUUAGCUAGAAGAUAGAAGGAAGGCCAGGAUUUCCGAAUGUAUUGUUCAAAUUCAAGCUCAAAUCAGAUGGCAUCUGGAACAGGAAAGAUUUUCUCAGAAACAGAAGGAAAUGUAAGUAAUAUAACGUCUAAAACCUACUGUAAUACGCUAUAUUUAUGGCUUUUGUAGAAUUUUUCUUUAAAAUUAAUAUCAAUUAUAAAGCGUAAGCUAUAAUGCCUUCAGGGACGCAGUAACUAUAGUCCAAGACAAUAUUCGCCAAGUUGUGGCCCUAAACUCGUGUCCUUGGAUCAAGUUGUUACGAAAAACGAAACAAUUAAUUCCGAUGAAGAAGGAGAAGGAACGGCUAGUCCAGCUGGAGAAGGACGUCGAUGCCAUGAAGAAGGUGGGGUUAUAUCAUAGACAUAAAACUUUAUUACUUACAGCUUUGCGAUGUGGUCAAAGACGAAAAACAAGUUCUGCUCGACCGGAAUCAGUGGUUGGAGGAGCGACUGGAGGAGGUAAUACUUUAGAGUACUGUAUUAUAUAUAAAGUGGUAUAGUAUGUUACAGUUGUUUCAACCAUUGAAUGUUUUUGAUUGAAUUACAAAAAUUUGAUUACAAUAUUGUUAUGUUUAAACUAAGGGUGAUAUGGUUGUCUUUAGAUUGAAAAGGAACGAGAAGCUGAGAGAAACAAGAAGCACGACGUUGAGGAUGAACUGAAGCGCAAUGAAAUGCUUCUAGAAGCCAUGGAAUCACGAUUUGACGAACAACACGCUAAAAUCAUGGUAAGGUUAAUAUCAUAAUAUACAGUUACAGCAAUUUUAGUUAUGUGUCUUAUACAAAGAGCCGAAAAAUGAAUGAGUUUUUUAUUUUUUAAAAACUGAGUAAAAUCAUUUUGAAAAAUGGUUACAACAAUUAGUGAUACUUAUGUACAUACACAGAAAGUUGGACUAUCUAUUUCCAGAAGCUAAACACAACACUAAAAGAGAACGUAGCCACUUUGGAACGUUUGGAAGCCGAAAAACGUCAGAUGAUGGUUCAAUUAUCCAAAAUCAAGGAAGAUCUAUCAGCUGAAACAACAUUAAGAACGAAUGCAGAACAAGAGUACGAGAACAUGGUGAUGAAGAACGAGGAGCUGGAGAGAAGGUACGACGAUGUCAGACCAGAACUCGAGCAUCUUCGAAAUGAAAACAGCAAAAAGAUGGAGAAUAUAUUCAAAUUGGAGGAGAAGCUGGAGGAUUCUGAAAGCAAAUUCACAGAAUUGAAGCACGAUCUGGCUGAAGCUAAUGUAGGUGGAAGAAGAUUGUGUAUAUGUUUUUGGUAUUUAUGAUAUUAGUAGCUAUUUGAUGAUGUAGUAUAAAAAAUUGUUUUAGGAACGAUUGAAUACGGCAGAAAGCUCUCUGUACAAUGAAAGAAGUCAGAAACGGCAGUUUGAGAUAAAGAACGAUGAACUGGAAGAAACUGUGGCUAGACUGGAGGAAGAGCUGGAUAAAAUUACGGUUCAAAGAGAUGCUACGGUAAGUUAAUGAACAUUACUGGUCUUUUGGCGAUUUUAAAGAUUUUUGUUGUUUAUUGUAAUAUUAUUGAUUACUUUAUUAUAAAAAUGGUCGUUCUUUGUCAUUACUAAUACAUGAGUAGCAUAAAAAAGAAAAAUAAAGUAAUAAUAAUAAUAUUUUAGAAAGAACAAAACCGCAUCAAAGACAACACCAUCAGAAAACUGGAACGUCAGUUGGAUGAAAAGAAGUUUGAAAUGGAUAAUUGUAUAGCCGAACUUAAGAAGUCACACAAAUCCAAACAGUUUGAACUCCAAAACGAAUUGGAUGAUUGCAAACGAAGACUUCUGAAGCUGGAAUCAGAAAAUAAGCAACAGAAGGCCAAGUUGGAGAACGAUAGGGAAACCUCAUUGGAACCGGAUUAUCGUAAGAAAACAUUUUAUAGUAAAUUAAGAUUCUAAUGUUUGAUACGUUCUGAUUCUAAUAUUUUAUGAAUUAUAUGAUAAAGCGAGUUUUAAAGUCAUUAUUAUAUUGUUUUAGCUCGCUCCGGCAGUGCCUUAAGCCGUUUUGGCUCUCGUGUGUCUAUGAACACUUCUAUCUACUCUAUAACCUCAUCAUCCUCAAUAUCUGGAGCUCAAGCAACUUCUUCUGGCAUAGGAUCUUCUAUUCGACCAUACACUCGCAGUAGACGGAACGACGACGAUCGUCUAACUUCAUCGUGCUAUUCUGAAUCUUCGAGAUAUCUUCCGAAGAGUCCAUCGUCUCAUAGGCUUAGCAGACAGAGCACGUUGAGUAAUGUGCAUCAAGUGAUCGAUCUCGAAAGAUCAAUGUCAAACUCUUCGAUUAACCAGACCAACCUCCAGAAUGUGGAAAGAAAGUGUGCUCAGACGGAGAGAGAGCUUCAGACGUUGAAGACUGACCUACAGUUGGCUAAAAGAGAAUUGGAGGUUUACAAACAAUCGUUGCAAGAGGCUGAAAUGGUAGGUAAAGGAUAAAAUUUAGAGGACUAGCAUAAGUAAUGGUAUAGUACAGCUGAAUGAUUAAUUUUUUCUGUUAUAUCUAAAUUUAAAUUUCAAAUAUUAUUAACUUUAAAUUAAUUUAGAGCAAAGAAACUCAAUCUCGACAUCUAAAACAACUUAAUCGAGACCUGGAACAAGCUCAGAAGGCACUGAAAGAAGAAGAGACCAAGACUGAAGGUCUAGAUAUGCAAUUAAAAAAGACUCAACGAGACUUGGAAAACUCGAGGAAGAAGGUUGAAGAUACGAUCGCAGAAAGCAAGAAUGAUAUCAUGGCUGAAAGGUAUGUCGUUUUACAUAUCCUGGCAGGGUUUUUGGUCUCUAAAUCUGUUAAUUCAUUUGUAUGCCUCAUUUCAGAAGAAGACUAAUGGACAAGAUGUCAAAGAUGCAGGACGAGUACGAUAACAAGAUACACGUGCUUCAGUCGAACCAAAAGGCAAAUGAAGGAGUGAAGAGCGAUCUACAAGAAGCCAGAAGCCAGCUGGAUAGAGCAAUGCUAGAGAUUGGGCAAUUGAAUAAACUGCAGCGAUCUCAAUCCACUAUUGGGGAGACUUGGGAACAACAAUAUCGUGGUGUAAUUCUGGAGAUGGAAGCCAUGAGAGACGAGAAUGCUUCAUUGAAGAGCAAGAUCAGAAGGCAGUACAAACAGAUUGAACUACUGAGUCGUGAGUUAUAUUGCUUUAUCAAGUACUAUUGGACUGUUCAAGUAAUUCUGUGCCUCAAAGCAAAUUUUUUUGGGUUAGUGGCACAGAAUUAUGUGAACAACCUAAUAUUAUUGCCUUAAGAUGUAUAAUGCUAUAUAUAUGCAUAAGCGGGAGCUCGGUAAUAAUAUCUUGGUGUGGAAGGAGAUAAAAUACGAGAAAGUGUAAGUUAACUUAAUGUUUUAGAACAAUCUAACCUGGACGAUUGUGUAUCAGAACUUGAAAACAGAAUCGAGAAUGUGCGGCCUCGAUUCGAAGGAUAA